UGGGGUCGCUCGAUCCCAAAGCCCCGCUUUCGGUGCUUUAACAGAGCACAGCGGGGCCGUUUCGGCAGCUGUUGUUCCGGGGGAGCAAACAUCUGGAUUUAUAGCCGAUAGGCAACCCGUAGGGUCACAUUGCCUGGAUUUUGGACGUUAAUUUCAGCAAGUCCGAGUCGUUUAAUUGUUUAAUUGUUGAUGAACUCAUCGACAACAUGACUGGAGCUGAGUUGACACACCUGCACACAUACAGUAUCACCCAUAUCCCGAUUAGGAUUUAUCCCAACGUGUGUCAUAUUGUAAUUUUUGCAUGGAAACAUUAUUGAUUUCUUUUUAACAAUGCAAGCGGCGGACAGCACCAGGGUGUCAGUGACAGACCUUUCAAAGUCGAUCAGGGGCGAUUCACAAAACAUUUCUUCCUCCUCUCUGGGACUCCUCUGGCAGGCCUGUGACUAAACCCGGCCCUGCGUCCAAGACUCGGCGGUGGGAACGGUGUUGCCUCUCAGCGGCGCGAAGACUCAACUGGCAGUGACAGUCAUCCUCUCACAGCCCAGAGGUCAUCCUCGGGGCACUCUAUGAUAAGCAGGGCGGUCUCUGGUGGAGGACUUACCAUUGACACCCUGCCAAACAACAUGACAGUAGUGGAGGAUUCUGGCAAAUAUUACACGUGGCGUAGGUUUGGCCCCGAGGACCAGCGCACACGGGAGCUGUGGGUAGACAUGAAUGACGCCCGGCACAGCCAAGUUAGAGUCCAUGGCAUUCUGUCAAAUUCGUACAAACAGGCUGUGAGGGUUGCCCUGUCGUUUGACUUUCCUUUUUAUGGACAUUACCUGAGGCAGAUUACCAUAGCAACAGGAGGGUUUAUCUUCACAGGGGACAUUACUCACCGUAUCCUGACCGCAACACAGUACAUCGCCCCUCUCAUGGCUAAUUUUGACCCGAGCUACUCCAAAGAAUCCACUGUGCAAUACCUGGAUAACGGUGAAGUGUUUGUGGUCCAGUGGGAGCGAGUCAGACUCCCUGGCAAAGAGUCAGAGGGCGCCUUCACCUUUCAGGCUGCGCUUUACAAGACGGGAACCAUCACGUUCAGCUACAAGGAUAUACCACUGUCAUUAGAUGUGAUCAGUUCAGCUGAGCAUCCAGUGAAGGUCGGUUUGUCUGACGCCUUCGUGGUCACGUCACCCUCUUCUCAAUCACCAGACGCCCAAUGGCGGACGAUUUACGAGUACCAUAGGGUUGAGAUAGACGCUACAGAGAUCACCAGCUACUCUGCUGUUGAGUUCACUGCACUGCCUACCUGCCUGCAACGUGACAGCUGUGAGCUCUGCCUCUCAUCCAACCAAACCUCUGGUUGUAGCUGGUGUCAUGUGCUCCAGAGGUGUUCGGAUGGCAUGGAUAGACACAGGCAGGAAUGGUUGGACUACGCCUGUUCCGAGGAGAGCAAAGAGGCAACCUGUGAGGAUUACACCAGGGGUGACAUCUCCACUGGUUCCUCUAUCACACCAGAGGUCGAGGAUGUGACCUUUUUGACUCCCAUACAAAAAGGCUUUGAAAGGGACGAUGACACCAAACAUCAUAUAUUUAAGACGGGCAAUGAUGUGAAGACCGAUUCUUCAACCAAGGGUGAUAGGCUGGCCAACACCGGCGUGAUAGCCGGUAUAGCAGCUGCUCUUGUGUUACUCCUAGCUCUGAUACUUGUAGGGCUCUACAUCAACUACCAUCCUACUGUUGCAUCACCACUGUACCUCAUCCAGCGACACAAGAACUACUGGCCUUCCUGGAAGUUUCAGAAGACACGACCUGGUUACACAGGAGCGGAAGGAGAAGGACAUGAGAAAGACAGCAUUGUCGAAGCCGGGCCAUGUUGAAACCACGAAUGGAAACUUGGAAGAUAAUUGCAUCGAACUGAUUUCUGACAACUUUCAAACACAUACACUUGUACAAACAUUCACAUUCCAAUGCCGGUUCAACUUUUGCAUUCAGUUUUAUGAUUUUUUCAGUAUUUUUUUAGCGGCCUUUGGCUCCAUUGCAAAAAGAUGAAAUUGUUGCAACAUUUUGGGUAGAUAAUAGCUACGCAUAGGUUAGAUAUAGAAUGAUUUUGUUUGAAAUGUUAUGUCUGUGUUGGAAUAAACAGUGAUUGCAUUUCACCUUUUUUAAAAAACUUUAUAUAAUUUGACUGCAAAGAACUGUGAAAUGCAUGCCACGACUUUUACAUCAAACAAAUAAA